CAGCAAGAGAGCACCUGGCAGGGGAACACCUCGAACCGACAAGAGACAUCCACAAUGGCAUCAAUCACUAUCCAGUCAGAAAGCACGACAUCCAAUCAUGCUCAGCAUCAGCAGCCAACGAUGAUCACCGUUAGAUUGACAACCAAGUCGAUCCGAUACUCAAUCCCUAAUGCCAAGUACUUGGUUCCCUCUGAUUGGAAAAGAUUCCAACUCAGUCAACUGAUUAACAAAGUACUUCAGCUUGCCCAACCCGUACCGUUUGAUUUCGUGGUCAACGAUCAACUUUUGAGGACAUCUGUGAAAAACUUUAUAGACUCACACGGCCUAUCAACUGAAUCAGUCCUUGAAAUCGAAUAUCUUGAAAGUGUCUUACCACCCAAAUUUAUUCAAAGUUUGGAACAUGAUGAUUGGAUUUCAGAUUUAUCUAUCUCUAAGCAAGGGACAUUCUUAACUGCUUCGUACGACUCAAAUCUGCGAUUGUUCUCGGCCUCCGACUCUACAAAGCCGGUGCUAACGAUAUCAGGUCAUGAACAACCAGUUUUAUCAGUCAGUUGGAUCAGCCAUGCUGGCGAAGACUCUUCAGGCACAAGUCGAAUCGCCAGUGGAGGACUAGAUCGGGUCGUCAAAAUAUGGGAAAUUUCCUCGCCGGACUCAAAUAUCAUGCAGCUCGAGCAAAAUUAUUCGUACAAAAACACCCACGUUUUACCACUUCACAAGUCGCCCGUCAGUACAGUCCAAUCGUGCGAGAAUGACCAGUCCUCUGGGCAGUUACUCACAGGUGACUGGGAAGGCAUCCUGGCACUCUGGGAUCUCUCCUCUUCCACUGGGGACCGCCAAACUGAGCCUGAGAACGCUGAAUAUGCAAACGAAGACCCUCGCAACUUGAAACGACGAAGAAAAAACCAAAAUCUCAAGUCAUCUGAAUUAUCCGUGAUAUCCAAGGAACCCGUCCAAAUCAUCAACGCCCAUCAGUCCAAGAUCUCUCGGGCAAUAUUCUCCAAAUCUGAUUCCCACAAGGUCUUUACUGCUUCACACGAUCAUACCGUCAAACGAUUCGACCUAGAAACUGGAUUGGAAGAAUGGUCCAAAUUGGCCGGGCCGGAGAAGUGUUUAUUGGAUAUUGAUGAAUGUCGAGGCCGGGAGGGUCUACUUGUUACCGGCUGUAUGGACAGGACGAUUUGCUUUUGGGAUUGUCGAGAUGCCACUCAAAACAUUUCGUUGAUAUUGCAUGGACACGCAGCACCAGUAUCGACGGUUUCCUCUAACCCAUCACGAGCGAAUUCACUCCAAAUUCUAUCAGGAUCAUACGAUGGUACUUGUAAAAUAUGGGACACACGUUCGACCAAACAAUCUCUUUACACCAUUUCUAACCCCACUCAAUCUGCAAAACAAUCCACUUCCAAUCCAAAUCAAAAAUUAUCUAACCAAAAAAUCUUGGCUGUUGGUUGGAAUUCUGAUGGUAAUUUGUUGGGCUCCGGUGGGGAAGAUAGAAAACUCGCAAUCCAUUCUGUCAAUUGAAUCCUUGAUUUUCCUUGUUUUAUUUUGUUUUCCCUACCUCCCUCUUUUGGAAACCUUGUCGCUUUUCUUAUAAAUUCAUUUAGCUUUUGACAAAUCAAUUUUUUUUGCCUGUCGAACCUUGCUACACUUUGCGUGAGAUGAAAAAUCAAG